AUGGAUGAGAAUCCAAUAUUCUCCACGAGUACAGGCGAAGAUACAAUUAUGGCGGAUACAGAGCCAAACACGGAUGAGAAAAUGUCAGCAGAGCAGGAGACAACACCGGAGAUAUCAAGGAAAAGAGGAAUAGGAAGUUUCGGCACCGUUAAUAUGGCAGGGAGUGUGAGUGGUCCAGCAAGUCUGGCGAGUCCAAAACAUGUGGAUUUAGAUGCGUUUGGUGUUUCGCCCAUUUCGUCUCCGUCUAUUCUGCCAAGUACAUCUAUCCCGUCGAUUUCAUCGAUUCCGCCAAUACUACUCCCAUCAUCCAUAUCAUCCACAUCCGUCCCUUUGAUUUCCCAUGGCCCUUCGAAGCAUCAUAUUCCGCAAUCCUCUCCUAAACCUGCAGGUAUAACCAUUGCCUUCCCCGCCAUCUCCACAGGUCACAAAUCCUUCCCCUAUCGUCUCGCUGCUCGUAUUGCCGUAGGCACUGUAAAGGACUUUCUGCAUCAUCCUAUUUUUGGCGCCGCACGAAGAAAAAGGCUCCGGAAGGUUGUUUUUUGUGUGUGGCCUGUUGAUAGUCCGAAUAGAAAAGCGUUGCAAGUAGCAUUUGGACUUAAUUUUCCACCACCUUUACCACAGAGUGCACCAUUGAGUCCGGUGAGUAAUCAGCUUUCUACGCCGCCGUUCUCGCCCAGUGUGAAGGGAAGAGGGGGGAUGGCGUUGCGGGAUUUUGAGGGGCAGGAGAGCGGGGUGCCGAAGAUUGUGGUUACCCCACCGGUUACGCCGAUGGUGGGGUCUGGUCUGAGUUUGAGUUUAGGUUCUGGGGAGAGAGAUAUGGAUUCGUCUGGUUUGGGAAAUUUGGAAGGGAAGAGAUUGAGUAUGGAACAUGAGGAUCUGGGAGAUGAGGGAAGUGAGAUUGUGGAGGAUGUGGGAAUGGAUGUGGAUGUUGAUGUGGAUCCGGAGAAGAUGAAGGAGACUGAGAAAGACUUGAACGUAGAGACGGGAAGAGAGACGAGUGAGGGUGAUGGUAUUGGUGUUGAUAAGAAUCUGACAGCGGAAGUUGGGCAAGGAGGAGAAGAAGAGGAACAAAGAGAGAAAUUGAGACUACACAAAGCAGAAGUAGGAGAUGAAGAGAAACUGGAAGAGGAAGAGAAACAGAGAGAGGAAGAAAAACAGAGAGAGGAAGAAAAACACAGAGAGAAAGAGAAACAGAGAGAGGUGAGACUACUCAAAGCAGAGUUGGAGGAGGAACUUAAAAAGGAAGUGAAACGACUCAAAACAGAAGUGGAAAAGGGGGAACUGAGAGAGCAAGUGAGACGACUCAAAGCAGAAAUAGAGAAAGUGCAUGGACGUGGAGAUAGUCGUGGUAGAGAUAGAAGAGGGAGAAAAGAAAACAUACAGACAGAGAAAAAGGCAACAAGGGUUGAGAUUGGCUGCUGCGAUGAGAAUGAGGAGAGAGAGGGAGAGGGAAAGAGGGGGGAAUAA